GUCCCGAGGGUCCACUGAACAGCAGAUUCAAGAUGGAGACUGUCGUUUACAAGGACGAGGAGGGCGUUCAAGUCCCCGCAGACAUCUACGUGCCGUCAGAAGCAGCACCCAACCCGAUGCCUGUAGGUCUGUCUGCCUGACGUUGCCGCUGGAAGGUUUUCUGACAUAGUGCAGCUCUGAUGAUCCAUGGCGGCGGCCAUCUCACGCUCUCGCGUCGCGCUGUCCGUCCGUUGCAGACCAAGUUCCUCUUGUCGCAGGGGAUUCUGCCGGUCAGCAUUGACUAUCGCCUCUGCCCACAGGUCAAUGUGAUUGAUGGAUCCAUGGCUGACACGCGCGACGCCUGUGUAUGGGUCCAGCGCGACCUGCCUUCCAUCAUGGCGCGAAAGGGUAUUGAGAUUGACCCGACGAAGCUCGUCGUCAUUGGGUGGUCGACGGGCGGUACAUUGGCCAUGACCACGUCUUGGACGCUCAGGAAUGCUGGGCUCACCCCUCCUCGGGCCAUCCUGAGUUUCUACUGCCCUGUCAAUUAUGAUCCAGCCGCCCCCAUCAUCAUGGGCCAGGAGCAUGGUCCUCGAACCAUGGCCCUUGACGAGAUUCGAAACCUUCUACCUUCCACGCCCACUACUUCACAUGCCUUCAAUAGCACCGACAGCAGCAAGCUUGGUUGGGUCCACAAAGGCGAUCCGAGGUCUGAGCUCACGCUGGCGCUUGUCAAGGAGCAUCGCGGCAUGUCACUGCUGUUCAAUGGCCUCCCAACCACCGGAGAGGAGCUUUGCGAGCCGGACGCGGAACGGGCUCGAGAGUUUAGUCCCCUGCAGCAUUUGCUGGACGGUGACUACAAUGUGCCAACGUAUCUGAUCUUCGGCGACCAGGAUGAGAUCGCGCCGUUUCCAAAGGCGGCCGAGUUUGCAAAGGCGCUGGCCAGCACGCAUGUGCGGAGUGGCAUUUUACCAGUGCCGGGGGCCAAGCACAUCUUUGACCUGGGAGUGGCCCCAGGAAGCGAAGCUUGGGACAGGACCAUUGGACCUGGAUAUGAUUUUCUGUUGCAAGAGUUGGAGAGGUGAUUUCUUUCCGUUUCUUCGAUACGUGAGUUUUCCUUUGGAGUCGGCUUCAGUUAAGCGGUGGGCAUUUGCGUUUCUUUCUGUUGGAUUUCCAUUGGGUCGCUUAUAAUGUACGUACAUGUCAGCAUAUGAGAAUGAAGAG